AACCUCAAACUGUUUCUUCUUCUUCUCCUCUUCUUCCUUGGACCUUUUCACAAAGUUUCAGGGACAGGAGUUCUUGUUUUGUCUGCAACUUCAAGCUCUACUAAGCUAUGGCUGUCACCAAGAUUUAUAUAGUGUACUAUUCCUUGCACGGCCAUGUCGAGACAAUGGCACGAGAGAUUCUCCGAGGAGCAAACUCUGUUCCAGACGUGGAAGCAACACUCUGGCAAGUGCCAGAGACAUUACCGGAGAAAAUACUGGAGAAAGUGAAGGCCGUUCCAAGACCGGACGAUGUGGCGGAUAUUCGACCAGAACAACUGGCGGAAGCCGACGGAUUCAUGUUUGGCUUUCCUUCUAGGUUUGGAGUGAUGGCAUCACAGGUUAUGACUUUCUUUGACAAUACAAAUGAUCUCUGGACUACACAGGCUCUCGCUGGGAAACCCGCGGGAAUCUUCUGGAGUACGGGUUUCCACGGUGGAGGCCAAGAACUAACUGCGUUGACGGCAGUGACAAAACUGGCUCAUCACGGGAUGAUAUUUGUACCGGUAGGAUACACAUUCGGUAAAGGCAUGUACGAGAUGGGAGAGGUGAAAGGUGGUUCGCCGUAUGGCUCAGGGACUUAUGCAGCUGAUGGAUCACGCGAGCCAACAGAGCUGGAGAUUCAGCAGGCAAAUUACCAUGGCAAGUACUUUGCAGGAAUAGCCAAGAAACUCAAGAAACGGCCUCCUGUCUAAAGUCUAAAACAAAUCAACUCUGUGUUUCAUA